AUGAUGAUGAUGAUGAUGAUGAUGAUGAUGAUGAUGAUGUUGAUGAUGGUGAUGAUGAUGAUGAUGAUGAUGAUGAUGAUGAUGAUGAUGAUGAUGAUGAUGAUGAUGACAAAAGGCAUCUACUUUGUCCAUUUUAGAAACCGUCACAUGGCAACCACCGCCGCUUCCUAUUGCCCCACAUGCCAGGUCAGCCUACCUACAGCCGAUCGGCGAACCCACCUCAAGACAGACUGGCACGUGUACAAUCUGAAGCGUGUCGUCGCCGACUUGCCACCAAUCGAUGAAACCGAGUUUAACAAAAAGCAAGCUACCUUCCUGUCAACAGUUUCCGCGCCUGCUGUCAGCAGUGGCAAGAAGUUUCACUGCCAGUGCUGCAAAAAGUCUUUCAACUCACAAAAAUCCUACGCCAACCACAUUGCCUCCAAGCAACAUCAAGUGAAUGUCCAGGACUUUAAGAGUAGGUCAACUAGCGCAACAGAGCAGACUUCUGCAGAGAUGCGGCCAGAAAGCGUAGAAAAACGGAACGCCGUCACUGAAGCAGAAGAGGAGGAA